UCGUGUGCGAGCUGUGCAAAGCGGCGCGAGGCGUAUGCACGUAUGUAUGUAGGUAAUGUGAGUCGAAGGUCUGAAUCGCAGGGCUCUGUUUAUGUGCCGCUGGUGCUGCUGCUGUACAUGAGGUGGUUAGCGGUUGGGACCGUUAUGCGGUUGAGAACGACAGUUGUGUGCCGCGGGUACUCGUGCGCAAGGCCUGCCCGGACUGUUCACACGCGUUAUGUAAGUAUGUAUGUAUGUAUGUAAGUAUGUGGCUGGCCAUGCAAAGCAGGGGCGGUGGGCGCUCCCGGCAGGGGCCGCCGCCUCUGACGCGCUGCCACGACGUGGUGGUGGUCUUGGUGCCGAUGGUGAUGACGAUUACUGAACACCACAGGGACGGGGGCCGGCUGGUGGUCAUGGCGUGGGUGGCACGAUUACAUUAUUGCGACCACGGGGGAUUGCGGAUGGUGGAGUUGGCGCUGCCCCUGGGGGGAUGCGGGCGCAGCACAUUGCGCUGUGGACGGGCAAAUGUACGGCAGCGGCCGUACAUGUGUAUUUGCGAGAUGUCUCAAGGCUGCAUCAGGGCCAACUUGCUGAAGGCAGUCGGGGUCCAGGGGAUAUUGCUGGUGUUGGGGCUGAGCCUUCUGGGCUCUCUGGUGGUCCUCUUGCAUAGCCAACAGCUGCACCAGCAGUUCCCGGACCCACACCAGCACCCGCACCCGCACCAGCACCCGCACCCGCACCAGCACCAGCACCCGCACCAGCAGACUCGGCACAUUGCACUUCGCAUCCCCGGGUUCCUCACAACCGCCUCGCCACACGCACAAUCCGGGAUGGCGCCACAUAUUCUGGGACAGGGAGGCCGGGGAGCAGCUGUUGAGGACCAGUCAGAUGCCCUAAGGCCCUUCAUCCUCCACACCUACGGUGGAGUGUACUUGGAUUUGGACACGGAGUGCUUCAGGCCACUGGAUCGCAGUUUGGAAGGCUACGACCUGGUGCUCAUGGCGGAGGAGCCUGAUCUGGCCAACAACGCGCAGAUGGGCUCCGUGCCGGGGCACCCGCUGUGGCAGCUGGUGAUGCGCCAGCUGGUUGCCAAUGCGGCUGCGGGCCUGAGUGAUCCGCUGUACGCCACCGGACCCCGCGUCAUCACAGCAGCAUUCCGGGUAUCGUGGAGGGUAAAAAGGGGGAAAGUUCUGCUUCCUGUACAUCUGCCGCAGCACUCUUUCCUUGGCAGCAGCUUUCAGAGCGUCCGUCGGCGCUCCAUUUCGCAUCAACAGGAACUGUUCGCAGUGCCAUCGGGGCCCCUGCCCGGCCGCUACAGCACCGUGAUUCCCACGGAUCGCAAUACAGAGGUGCACACCGACCCGUGGGUCGGCAGAGCAGCAACGGCAACAACAGUGGAGCAACAGCCGCCGAGUCCUGCAGCCGCCCCCCUUUGCGGGGCCUUGCGUUAUAAUAACCCGCAGGACUUCAAUAUCACCGGCGUGACCCCGGGCGAUCUAACGAGUAGUUGGUCGUUGCUGAGUCUGUUGGACGUUGUGGGCGAACACCAUUUCUCCGGUAGUUGGCUGGGCUACGACGGCAGCAAGGCGCAGAGGUCCAAGGACUCGGUGACGGAAGGGCUGUCAACCUUUUUCAGCGAUGCGCGGCUGUUCAUCGAGGACGUCCGCAGCUGUGGCGACGCCAUUCCAGUGACCGUUACAGCAACCACCGCAACGACCACCACAACGGUGACAACCACCUCUGGCAGCCCAACCGCAGGCACUACUAACAAGGCGACCGCAGUCAAUGAUGAGGGCACAUCAUCGCCCCGUUCCCCCUGCCCAAAGCCGCCGCGCGACUGCAGUAAGCAGCAGCAGCAGCAGCUGGACACCGCGCUGGCUGGGAGCCUCGCAUGUGAUGUGCACGUGCUUAAUCUGCGGGAGGUCCUGUACGAGAUGUACGAGCUGCUGUACCAGAUCCAUGGCUUUGUGGGGUUCGCACAUGGAUGGUCACAGCCAGCAGCACGUCAGCCAUGGAGAAACGGAUUGGUGUUGCAGUCCGAUAGGGCGGUUAGUUCCGUUGGGUCACAUGCCAGCGUCAGAUAUAACCGCACGCGGCGGCCCACUACUGAGGCGGUGGGUGGUGGCGAUGAUGAUGAUGAUGACUGCCAUGCCGUGGUGCUUCGGGGGGGUUUGACACUGGGGUUCCUCAAGCCGGGGGGUGUUGGUACAGCAGCGACAGUGGCCUAG